AUGGACCCUCGACCAUUUAUCAAUGCUUAUAGUGCGAAAACGCGCGUCGGAAAUUGGAAUGAAGAUCUUUUCAGAAUCGACGGAGAAAAUCAAGACUACGAGCGACUAAAAGCUGCAGGCCAACUUCGAAACCAAAUCGUCGAAAAGAUCAGGAGCAGAUUCUGUGCUCCUGUCAAAACUACAGGGCAUGGCGAUAAGCAAUUGCGCUUUGGGGACAUUGUUGAAAUCAAGAACGACGCAUUCGAGAGCACGGUUGCAGUUCACACUGAUAACGACAUAAGUUGGACAGUUUCUGCUUGCUCAAAAUCGGUACCGUCGAAAAGAACAUGUUACCGGGUGGUCCCAUGCGCUGAAUCAUCGGAAGAUUCUACCGGAAAAUCAGUAUUUUACGGGCAGCCUUUUUCUUUACAGAGCUGUGUGGAGCCGGGCUGGUUCCUAGCCUCGGACAGUAUCGAGAAAUUACAGUCACUGAGCAACAUCGCUUACGGAAGAAAUCGAGUUUUCCUGCUCAAGUCUCAGUCCAAGGCAACAAUGUGGAGCGUGACUGCUUGGGAUCCACGGACGCGGCCGGAGUUUGAGGACACGCCAGUUUUGCAGAACACCACCAGCGUCUUGGUCCACCACAGUACCGGCCAAGCGCUGUGCUGCGAGGACUCGUCCAAAGUCGGCUUCUUCGGACGUGAGAAGGAAGUCUGCUGCUCGACACGGCUCACUCCCUUCAGAUUCAACUCAGCUAGGGGUUGA